AUGGCUGGUUCCAGACAACAACCGAGAAGAAUUCGUUGUUUUAGUUUCAGAAGAAGGCAAAAUAUAUUUGACUAUGUCAAUGACCCUUCGAGAAACAGCCAGGCGGAUCAUACUACACCAAGUUGCGAUGCCUCUUUAAAAACCGCUAAACAUUCGAAGGACGAUGAAGUAAAAUCUGAUACCACGGAUGAUGUAGAUGACUCUAAAUUCGAAAAAACCAAAUAUGAACGCCAUAACCUUCCCUCAUCAAGCUAUACACCUCAGAAGGAUAAGAUUUUGUUGAAGAAAUCAUCCACUAAGAGUAAAUUAAAUACACCAAGGUCACCUAUACGUGAGAAUUCAUUACAGAGUAAGCCAUCAGAUGAUCAUGUAUCCAAUGAGCCUAAUUAUCUAGGGUAUGGAAUGGUAGAUUUACCAAUGGACUCGAGAAGAAUGAGCCGUUCAAAUAAUGUUGGCAUAUCAAAAGGAUCAACAUUUCAGUCUGUACAACAAGAUGAAUCUGAAGAUCGAGAUAUUAUCAGAAGUGGAAGAAAGUUCAUAAUCGGAGGUAAACAAACAGAUGGAAAACCAUCUAUCGAGAGAUGUAUAUGGGAAUUGGUGGAGAAAAGAGGUUGGGGAAUGAUGAAUAGUAGUUGGAGUAUGAUGGGCCCAAGAGUAUUUAACCAAGUAGUUGAGUAUUUAACAGGUAUGGAAAUCUCAUUGUGCCGCCAAGUCAGUAAAGGCUGGUAUAAGAACGUAACAGACGUCAUGGUAUCACGUUCUGAAGUAAUAGUAGACGCAUUUAAAAAUACAUACAGAGACAUGUUGACCUACGACCGUAGCUACAUACUGUUCCAACCAGUACUCACUGCCAUAAAGGCAAUGAGAAUCGAUGUAAUUAUUAGAGCAAAGGUUGAACCGCAGUGUACAAUGCAUAAAAAUUCAUUUGGUUAUACAUACUCAUAUCACUCAAUGACUAAUAUGUCAAAGCCUGGGAAAGAUACUACACCAAACGGGAAUGAAUCCAUUAAGUCUAGGGAUGGUAAAGAUAUGUUUGGACUUUUUAAUCGCAAAUCCUCAAAAAAUAUGAAAAACUUAAAUUCCGGCUCCAAAAAUAUGGCUGGGUCUGGUAAAAAGUCGAUUUUUAUUAACAAAUUCAUCUUUGAGGUUUUGAAAAAGAACAGUUCCAGAAGUAUAACCUUUACGCGAGACCUAUCAAGCAUGCACAGUGAAGAUAUUAACCUUGCAACUACAGCAAGUAUAUCCCAGGUGUGCGAAGGUGACUACAUAGAGGUACCUAUAACCUUAAUUAACGCAAUUGGAGCCACUGAUGUCGAGUCAAUUAAGUUCUUGCCUUUGGUAAAGGAUGUUAUCACAAAUACACCAUCCCAACUCGACCUUUUACACAGAGAAUGGUAUACAGUUGAGCCAAACUCAAAGUACCUUGAACAGUUGUUCCCGCAAAACAUUAACUCAUACUCCAUAAUACACCCACACAAAUUGUUACCGCAAUUGGUACACCAAGUGACCCAAGUAGCAGGGAUCGAUGUAAUCACUUCCAAAUCAAGCUACAUUGCAUCAAACUUAGGUACUAAAUAUAUAUUUAUGUGGAUGAAUAAAUCUAAUUCAUGUUCAGGUGUCGUUGUGGAAUCCUGUAACAUAAUUGGUCACACAGUGGAGGUUGUCGCCAAAAAUGAGCCGAUAAUUUGCAUGAUUCAGAGAAUUGGACUGCAACAUGACCGAAUUUGCUACGUUCAGCUAAGACCAGUGAGUUUCCAAACCCAUUCAUUACAUUAA